AUGUCAACUACAACACAUGCACGCACCUUUUCAACGCCAUAUCGAGAAGGAGUCGAGCUCCGGAUUCAACACCACGUUCCCCCAAAGCCGUUUGGCAGCGGCCACGGACCAUGUCCUCGGGCCAAAGUUGCGAUCAGCCAAAGACAAAUGUAUCACGACCGUGUUGACUUUGCCCUGGACCACCCGCCCUUGGAGACGGAGCCGCCGAGCCGUGAGGAGCACACCUUCACCAUCACGGGCACAAAGACACUGAGGCGUCCCGGGCUCGACCCCGGCGGCGCGCAGGUGGUCAGCGGCUACUUCGAUGGCGACAAGGAGGUCGUCUGUCUGGCCAAAAUAUACGACGGCGUGUACUACCCGUUGCAGGAUGAAGACGGUCUUUGGCUUGAGUGGGACUGCAUGACGCUCGCCGACGUCGACUAUGCCAUCGAGACCUGGGCUUAUGGAACCAUGCAGCCCGUCGAAGGAGUGGGCGCGAUGCUCGUGCCUGAGUACCACGGUGCUUGGACCUUCUCGCUCGACACCGAUCAGCCUGGCAUCCGUCGAUGGGUGCGCAUGCUUCUUCUUGAGCUCGUACCUGGCGAGACUAUCUUCGACAAGAUUCCCAAGGCCAAGGAGAACAAGGCCGUCCAAUACUACCUGCUGCCCGACGAGGAAACUCGUCUCCGCGUCCUCAAGAACACCUUUGAGGCCUACAUCUCCAUUUGGUGGGAUGCCGAGGUGCUCCACAGAGAUCUGGCGCCGCGCAAUGUCAUGGUUAAGCCUGACGGCAGCAUCGUUUUGAUCGAUUUCGACCGCGCCACCGUUUUCCCGUUCUACUAUCGCCCGCAUCAAAAGUACAAGGACGGUGCCCCUCCGGUUCCCCACUCGCCUAUCGAGCAAUUCUGGCCUUUCUCCCCUGGUUGGAGUAUCGUCACAAACCGGGGCUCAUGGGCAGAUUGGUUUCCGCAAAGUUGGCUUAUGAACAGAGAGUUCGUCGCAGAGUGGCUGUUGGAGACAUGGGGAAGUCCGCCACCAGGCAAAUACGCGCCCUUGUCUAAGUACUUUCUCGACCAUCCGGCCCACGCUAAGAGGAGUAGGAAGUUGCAGGCGGCUUUGGAGAAGCUGGGUCGCAAACCAGCCAAGGAGUAA